AUGAGCAACCCUGAGGCGUCAAAGGCGGCAGCAGAGCCGUCACCCAUGUCGUUCUCGGCUCGGGCCCCGCAGGAACGAUCGCCCGGUGAGGUCGUUGUGCCCGCACCGAUCCAGCGCUUCUACAGCCAAUUCAUGGCACUCCUCAUCCAACAGGGCCGCCGUGGUCCAUCAGCAACAGCAGCGCCAGUGUCGACCCCCUCCGCCCCAUCUCAGCACCGCAGCGCCUCCACUAUCGACGGCCAAGCCGAUACCGAAGACGACGCACUGCGCCGCCUUACCCGUGUGCAGGAAGACAUGCUCGGGUCUCUGCUCUGGCAGUGGCUGACCCUUUUCUCUCUAGCUGUGCAACCGAUGGGAGACACACCUCGAGAGCGCAGUCCUGCUUCUUCCGCGAUGGCAGUUGCGUCCGCCGUGCGCUCAAUAUCGCCAUCGCACGCGCUUGGGCCACACGAUGUGGAGCGACUCUUUCACACCGGGUUCCUCUCUCUCCUGCCGGUGGCUGCGAGGGGCGGUGGUGCUGGUGACUUCAACGGCAGCCGGCUGCCCCCUGCGGACUCGCCUGCACCCUGGCACAGCGUGCCGCUUGCAGAAUACGAGGGGCCCGCAAGGGUUCUCGUAGCUGCGCUCAGUUCCCUUAGCCGCCAUGGUCCACUCUUCAGCUCGUGGUGUGCUCUGUGCUACACGUGUGUGGGCACAUCGCUGGCGGUGGACACAUCGCCGAGCAGUUUGGAAAAGGGACAUGCGACCAUGAGCCGCUCUAAGAGCCGCUUCUCCACAGCAGAGGCAGCUACCCGAAGAGCUCUGCGACGCCUUCGCCACGCGUGGAACUCAGCCGUCGUACUCUUGGACGCGGUGACGGAGGACUCGAGUCGGCCGGGUACGUUGUCGGCGCAAAGGAGCGUUGACGCGUGCGCCACAGUUCAGCUGUGGGCAUCGACGUAUACGACGUGUGCGACGUCUGGCUCGGCCGUCAAGGCACUGCCGAUCGUGGAGGAGAAAGGCAGCGGAACCGGUGAGCCACAGCCCCCGCCGCUUUCCCUCUCCCUCUGGGCGGCGCAGUGGUACCACGAGUGCACUCGCAUCGCCGCGCAUGGCGCGGAUGAAGGCUUUCAUGCCGAGGAAGCAGGGGUGCCCGUGGUACUCGUGGCUCGCGUCAUGCGCUACAUGUGCCACCGCCUCGAAGCCGAAGUAGUGAGGUGUGCCCGACAGCAUGGCCACACAGGGACUGCAGAGAGGACAGCGCAUCUGCUCACCCCGCCCUUCUCUGACCCCAACGUCUCGAUCCCCUUUCGGCUGACGCUCCGUAUUGGAGCCUUGACAGCCCUCGCCCUGCAGUCCCCCAUGCGCCACGUCGACUACGAUACAGAUCGCCGCGGCGGGGCGGCAAAGCGCUCUGAUGGCAUCAAAGGCUCUGGGCUACGGCGGCGCCGGCGGCGUGCGUGGAACGUGAGUGCCGACAACAACAGCGAUACCGACGACAGUCUGGGAAACCCGUACUGUGGCGGUGGUGGAGAGAGGAUUUGGUGCGAGCGCACCGACGCGCAGAGCGGCGUCUCGCGCUUCAUCCUCAGUCAUCAGAAGCGGUUUGAAGUGCCUAUCGCCUCUGGGGUGCUUACUACCUACUCCAUGUGCCUUGCCGACGACAAAGUGGCGCAGCCAGCUGACCACCGCUACAUCCCUCGCCUAACGGGCGAGCAGUAUCUCCGCAACGGCACAGUGCACUGGUGGACACUGAGUGAUUCGCAGCGGCGCCGGCAGCCCAUGGCGGAAGCUUGGAAGACGCCAUCGUAA